AUGAAGAAUCACGACAAAGCUUUCGUGGAACAUGACUUGUUCUUGCUCGAGAAUCAGCUUCCUUUCAAAGUCCUCCAAGCAUUGAUGACCAUGAACUCGGAAUUUGCUGGAGAGGAAGGCUUGAAGUUGAUUAACAAGUUCAUUCAAGACACGAGUCCAGGUCCUCCUCUUCCUUCAUUUUGGGAAUUGGAGAAGGAUAUUAGUUUAAGUGGUGAACAUGUAAGGGAGGGCUUGACAUGUGUAAUAUCUGUCAAAGUACCAAAUCCAGAAUUUGAAGGACAAACAAAGACAAGGUUGGGGAAUCCAGAGGUGCGGAAAGUGGUUGAUCAAUCUGUUCAGGAGUAUCUCACUGAGUACUUAGAGUUGCAUCCAGAUGUACUUGAUUCAAUCCUUUCCAAGUCCCUUAAUGCUCUAAAGGCAGCUCUGGCGGCAAAGAGGGCAAGAGAAUUGGUGAGACAAAAGAGUGUUUUAAAAUCAUCUUCUAUUCCUGGAAAGCUUGCAGAUUGCUCAGCCACUAAUCCUGAAGAAUCUGGUAUGUUAUGUGUGUUCUUUUAUCAGAUCAUUGUUAUAAUUAGAGGUUGACUACUGCAAUGAUGC